AUGAUUAAAAGGUUCAACCACAUUAGUUUUUCCCACCUACCAAGAGAAAACAACUUGAUUCCUAAUGCACUGGCCAUGCUAGCAACCCUGUUUAAAGUAGAACCAGGGAUUGAAGUUGAACCAAUUCGUACAAAGUUGCAGUCAGAGCUAGCAUAUUGUGCAGUGACGGAGGAGACCGACGAGAGACCCUGGUUCCAUGAUAUCAAGACCUACAUUCAAAAGAACAAGUAUCUCGAGGAAGAUUCCAAUAAUGACCGAAAGACAAUUAGAAGGUUGGCUAUGGGUUUCUUCUUGGAUGAAGAGGUGUUGUACAAAAGAAACCAUAACAUAACUCUUUUGCAAAGUGUGGAGGUGCAAGAAGAAAGGUAG